GCCGAGCCCGCGAAGAAGCAAACCGCCCAGGUCCUCGCCAAUCACAAGUCGCCAUCGCCUCCGACGCCGACUGCGACGUCCACUGGGGGCAAGCCUUUUGGUUUCAGUUAUGACAAGCAGCUGUUCGAUAAUCUCGAGGACCUCGAGUGCGAAGAGACAGAGCGCACCGAGCUCAACAAGGCUCACCAGCAGCUCAUCGAGACCCAGAAGUACUUUGACGGCGAGGCGGAGAAGUGCACCGCCUUCAUCAAGAAAGCCACCGAGAUGCGGGCAGAUAUCACUGCCCGGAUUGCCAAGAAGCGUCGUGGAGGCGCGGCCAUGACGCCAGCUUCGCCGAGCGGGCCAGCCGACCAGGAGUGCAAG